AUGAAUAAGAAGUUUCUCCUUUUUCUUUUUCUCAUUUGUCGAGUUAGCGCCUGGACCACUGUCACAUUAACAUAUAGGAUUUGUGACAAAGAUUAUAACGAAACUGUCAACUUCGAAACUACAUAUAUAGCAUCAUACGGUACAUCUAACUAUUAUGGCACUAAUGGUGUUAAUGGCUCCACAAUGUCUUUAGUGUUGCUGGGAUGUACUUCGGAUUGCAAGCUUACUGUCAAAGUACCACUUGAUGAUAAAGAUCACACGAUAUUGGCUACGUAUCAAUGCUCACAAAGUGGUUACUUUUACAAUCCUACCGUUCAAACACACAUCACAUACGAUGGAUCCACUCCCAACCCCGAUUAUCCCGUGCCUCCUGUCACAACCUACUUAAUCGCCAUAUUUUAUAAAAUAAAUGUAGACACUGGCGGCACAAUAGAAAUUGCCGAUACCUUAUCUAUAGGAGAUGCUAUCGAUAGUCUUACCGGACAAUCUGGGGAUAAAGGCAUCAGAAGCUUUUUGAAUAUUGCCACAAAGGACUAUACGGAAUUUAAAUAUAAUAGCCAAGAGACCAAUGUAGCCAAUCUGGUCCAGUCGGUCCUGCACUUUUUAGAUUAUCAUUCAGCUACAUACGAAUCAAUUUUAUACGCUUAUCAAGAGCUCGAUAGAAUAAUGAAUUCAGAUAUGGUUCCAGACCUAACUCCUAAGAAGGAGGUAAAUACGAACCUCAUCGAAAUGUUAUUGGCAUUCGGGAUAUCGUUUGUACUAGUGGAAGUCGAUCCAUUCUUAGCGCCAUUUGUGGCUGCUGCAGAUGAGGCAAUUCUAAUUGCCAAUGAAUUUAAAAAAAGCUGGUCGGAUGUUAUCAAUAAUGGUACAAAUUCAGUCGACCCGUCCAAAAAUACGGUUACCAACCUGAAGGAUUUAGGAUUUAUUGAAAACGAUGCGGAAACAAAUAUGUUGGGGUCUCUGCAAUCAUUUGUAGAAAGUUGUCUUAAUUCUAGCAUUGGUGAUUCAAAUUGGAUAAAUUGGAAUCAAUUUUCUGAUUAUGACGGCACGAAAACCAGUCCUACAAAUAUGGGAAACGGACUUUUCAAAAUUUUAGAAGCACAUUACGCAAGCAUCAUCUUGAACUAUUAUGAUGUUGUAGUAUGUUCCCCUGAUAGCGCUUCACGAGUCUGUGAGUCUGAAUCAUAUUGUUGCGUCGAAAACGCCAUAACUCACAAUUGUCAGGUAUAUUUUAAAUGUAAUGAUCCAGUAGGCGCCCCUACCAAUUGUAUAUUUGAAGGUGGAUUUGGAAAUGGCCGUGGUGGGAUUGAUAACGAUUACCUAGUGAAACUUGGGAAAUAUGGAAAUCUUAACGAUGCAUGUCAAGUGGUAAAUGGUCAAAAUGUAAAUGGUUGGAAUUUAAGGAUGGAUAAUUGUGCGAACUAUCAGAGAUGUUUUUAA